AAUAAAUAAACACAAAUUUCAAGAAAUAUUUGCUAAAGGAUUAGAUAUUUAUAUUGUUGGUAGUAAUGAUUUUUAUUCGCAACGCGAACAGCUAAGUAAAAGAAAUUUACCACUUACAUCCUCAUCACUAAAUUCUCUUGAACCAUUUUGUAAAGUACAUUGCAAUUUAAAAGAAGUUCAUAAAACCGGAUUAGGUUCUUCAGCAGCAUUGAUUACAUCACUUGUGGCAGCGCUUUUUGUUCAUUUUGAAAUAGUAUCAAAUAAAACAGAUGAUAGAGGAUUAAUUCAUAAUGUGGCACAAUUUUGCCAUUGUUUGGCGCAAGGGAAAGUUGGUAGUGGCUUUGAUGUAUCUGCCGCUGUUUGGGGAAGUCAUAUAUAUAAAAGAUUUUCUCCAAGCAUUUUAGAUGAUGUUAUGAAUCAAAAGGUUAAUCUAUCAGCUCUUAAUAACAUUGUUGAUCCAGCUUCAAAUGUAUGGGAUAAUCAAACAACAAAAUUCUCCCUUCCACCUGAAUUUACGUUAGUAUUAGCCGAUAUAGAUGCAGGUUCUCAUACACCAAGUAUGGUCGGAAGAGUAUUGAAAUGGCAUAAAGAAAAUGCUGAUCAGGCUAUUUCAAAUUAUUUAAAAGAAUUAAAUAAGAACUAUCAAAAGAAUAAAGAAUUAUAUAAUAUGGCUAUUAAGAUUUGCGAAAAUGUAAAAGCUUCGGAGUGGACUUUACUUGGUGUACAAAAUCCGAAUAAUACUAUUAUUGCUCUUUUUUCUUCCAUCUUCAUUACAUUUCAGAAAAUUCGAGGAUUAUUACGUGAAAUGUCCGAACUAUCGCAAGUACCAAUUGAACCACCUAAACAAACGAAAUUGCUUGAUGCCUGUAAUGAAAUUCCUGGUUUAAUCAUGGCCGGUGUUCCUGGAGCCGGAGGUUAUGAUGCAAUAUUUUGUAUCGGUAUGGGUAACGCUUUUAAUACACGAAUAGAAAAACUUUGGAAUUCGUGGGAGGAAAUGAGCGUUGGACCUUUAUUAUCUAAAGAAUCAUCAAAGGGUUAUAUGAUCGAACAAAUCAGCGAAGUUUCCGGAUUGUCGAAAUAUUUAAACAGUG